AUGACGCCGGAAGAGAAGGCCGCGAAAAGGGAGGCCGCUGCCCUCAAGCGGAAGGAAAAAUUGGCCAAUAUGACCCCGGAGGAGAAGGCCGCGAAGAAGGCAGCGGCGGAGUUGAGACGAGCGAUGAAGCCUAAGCCCACACCGGAGGAGGCGGCCGCGAAGAAGGAAGCCAUGGCGCUAAGGAGAAAGGAGAAGAAGGAGCGAGAGCAGAGGGCGUGGGAGGAGCAGGAGGCCAAGAAGAGAUUUGAACGUCUCGCGGGCGCCAGCCUGACGAUUGAAGACCUCGAAGCCGGAGGGUGGACGGCGGGUGGCGGUGCCGGCAGCAUCAAAAUCUCCGAUUCCGCGCCUUCGGGAAGGCGGUUGGGCGUCGAAGACUCGGACGAGGAGGAAUUCGAAGGGUGGGAGUUCGUAGAAGAAGGAGAAGAGGAUGAUGAGACGGAGGAGGUGCCUUACUGGGAGGGCGAGGCUCCAACUUACGACGAGGACGGAGCGAUUCAGGGGCUCGAGAAGGGCGGGCUCCGCGUGGCGAACGCUGCUCUCACCACCAAGGACGACACCAUCGGGGUCAAGGUUCCGACGGACGAAGAGUUCCACUGGUACCUCCUGAGGUGCUUCGCGACGUACGAGAUGCGGUGCCGCAACUCCGUCGAAGCCUACCUCGAGGGUGCCGGGCUGGGCGAUCGGGUGGAGGAGAUCUGGGUUCCCUGCCGACAGGUGCCGAAGCAAGUCGGAAAGAAGGUGACGUUCAAGGAGGAGCCCAUCUACCAGGGGUACAUCUACUGCAAAGUCAAGAUGAGCCCCGAGGUCCGUGACAUAGUGAACGACAUGGACAGGAUCGUCGGUUUCGUCGGGGAGGCGAGGGACGAGGACAAGAAGCUCAUCCCGGAGAGGAUGGAUCCAGAAGACAUCGAAGGCAUCAAGGCGUCGGAGAAGGCUCUUGGGGCCAACAAAAUCCCCCAGCUGCUGGGAGUGGGCGACCUCGUGGAGAUAUCCGAGGGCCCGUUUGCCCUCAAGAAGGGUGAAGUGUCCAAAAUCAAAGACGGAGAGUACGUGGUGAAAGUUAACACCUUCGGGAGAAACUCUGACGUCAGGCUCGAUUGGAACGGAGUCCGAAAGCUCACGGAGCUCGAGGUGGAGACGUGGUUUGAAGAGACGAGGCGGGCGAUGGACGCUACCUACAUGGAGCGGCAGAGCGGAAGGGGGGGAAGGGGCAGGAGACGACGAGGAGGGGGCGGCUUCGUGUACGACAACGACAGCGGCUACGAGCCGGGCCGGGGCAGGGGUAGGGGUAGGGGGGGGCGCGGACGAGGAGAGACGGCCGCCGCAGGGGGGAGGGGGCUCCGCGGUUUCGACGAGGACGACGAGCAGGCUGCAGACCGCCGUCGGUUCAUGGAGAAAGACCUGGCGAUGUGGGAGGCCGAGGUGGCCAAGCCGGAGACGCGGUGA